AUGUCUCAACAUCAGACUGGUUACUGUAUGCAGAUGAUGACACAGGUGGAGGCCGCAAAGCAACAAGUCCAACUCUCUGACUCGUACUUGCCGGUUGCGAUGCAAGUGAUCGCCCACCUCACGGACCAGAUGGCGUUCGAGGUGAAAGACGAGCCCGGCACCAAACCGCCGACGACCAAGCCCACCAUGGCCAAGCCGACCACGACCAAACCGCCUCAAAGCAAACCCACCACCACGGCCAAGCCACUGUACGUCACGUCCGAUUACUUUGAAACGUUGCAACAUAGUGAUAUAACUACCCCAUUCCAUCGGCCUGGCUAUUAUGCGCCCGCAUCACCGCCCAAACCAUCGGAGAGGCAACAAAGUAGUGACUUCAUCCAAAAUAAUCCAGAUUUCAACAGUACACAGUAUCAGUUCCAGCAACCCUACAACAUUCCGUCGUACAACCCGCAGAAUAACCAGGAUACGCAGCAAUUCUACAUCCCUCCAGGCACUUUGCAGCCACAGAGUUUCCCACCACAGAACCAACAGUACGGUUUCACACAGAACAACCAACAACUCAACAAUUCACAGAAUCUAUAUCAAUACAACCCAUUCCUUCAAAAUCAACAGCAGUACUCGCAAAAUCAAUAUGGCGUAAUGACGUUCGACUUCCCGCAGUACAACCCAAUACAGCCCCAAAAUGUAAGGAACGAAGAUCCAUUACUGUCUGCACACCACGAGGAGGUUAAACCGCUGUUGGAGCCGACCCCUGAAUCUCCUCAGCUGCUGCCACCCCACUUCGAGGCUGACGUUGACAAAAUAUCUAGCCGUUCUAAAGGCUUCGACGAGGACGAACUAACAGAAGAGAACCUUCAGUACCUGUCGCAGAACGUGAGAGAGAUGAUCCGGAUGGCAAAUGACCCUUACGACGAACGGCUGAUCGACGUGUGGGAUGGGCUAAGAGCGCAUCCAGCGGAGCCAACCCCUAAAGGCAAGCUUUCGGCAUCGAACCUUCGACUGCUGCUUCUCUACGAUCUACUGAGCAGGGAGGCGAAGAGGCAGAGGCUGUCAGAUUACAGUGGCUUCUCGCCGGACGUCAUGAAGACCCUCGUGGAGUCGUCAGGUGGCGGUGCGAGGGCCCAGCUCAGCAUGGCCCUAUCCAAGAUGGUGGAGAGGCACGACUGCGCACACGAGUACGCGAACAACCGCGCCAAGGAGAUGGUGGCGGAGCUGGCGAAGGACGAGUCCAAGCUGUCCUCCGAGAUCAGAUAUCUCCAACCCCUCGUCUACAAGUAC